AUGAAUAAACUCGCCCAUGGGGGCCCCUACCCUGGUCGAGAGGCCGACGAGGCGGCUAUAUUCGCCCUCUGUAAAAUACAGACGGCAGCCGCUCUACCGCACACGAGGCAGCAGGUGUUGGGUGUGCCACCGAGAGCCCCGCCGGUUACAUCGCAUUUGCUUGCGGUCCCGGCGGCGGCGGCCUCGGCGGGAGUUGCGCCGCUGGUCUCGACCACUCAAGAGGUCGAUGUGCCCCCGGUUGCCCCCCUGGCCCCCGAAACACAAGAAGAGCCCGUGGCUGCGCUAGCCGUGGCCACCGAGAUGGAGGACGUCGAUCUGCCCGACGCAAAUCUGGCUGAGGCAAUUGCCGAGUCAGAGCGUCGUGACACUGACCCUGACGCUGCCCGCGCGCCCAGAAAGCGCCGGGCUAUGACAAAUGACGAUUCUGACACUCCCUCACAGACAUCUGACGCAGCGAGGCCGCGGAAGAAGGCCCCUAGGGCCUCCCGCACCUCCACCACAGAGUCUGGGACGACUAUCGCGGGCUCCUCCCGGAGCACCGCCAAGCAGAAACCGACGAAGACAACGCGGCGGUCCACUCGUCCACCUGCCGCCUCCCGGCAUCCGGACGAGGACGGUUUUGUUGCCCCACCCCGGCGGCACACUGCCAGGGCUGCUGCGCUGCAGCAACCGACCCCGCUGCCGACCGCCAACGCGUUUGCGAGCGCCAGCGUAGAUGCAUUGGACGAUGGCGCCGCGCCCCCGGCGCCUGCCCAAAAGAAGCCCUUUGCUGCCGCCACCAAGGGCGGCCCGUCAGCCUCCACCGCCCGACCUUCGGCGCAGGCGGAGGGCGAGACGCAGCAACCGACCGCGCCGUCCACGGCUUCGCCCGUGGGGGUGGCAACCCCUGCGCCCUCGCAGAGCGCGCGAGUUGCCGCCCCGCGCAGGCGUCGUCGGCGCGCGGGCCGGGCCACACCUGCCGUUGCGCAACGGACUGCCGCCAACACUCUGCCGCAGCAGAGGACGGCACCUCGUGCUGUGCCGCAACCGAGAUCGACUGCUGAUGCUCCACAGCAGCCGUCUACUUCGGAUCGGCCGCAACAGGCCGCCCCAGUGGUGGAGGCCGCCCCAGAGGCCCCCACCGCCCCCUUGGCCGCCGACGCAGCCGAGCUCCGAUCGCUCUUGCGGUCGUUGACGAGGACUCUGGACAUGGCAAUGGAUUAUUCUACUGACGCGUCGUUGGACGACGACGCUACUCGCCCGUCGACGUCCCAGUUUCGACGGAAGCGCAGCGAUCCUGGACCUGGACUGCCCCAUGUGGCGCCCACUGAAGACGGCUUUCUUCGUCCGCCGAAAAAGAAGCAGGCGAAGACCAAGGCCCCGGCGGCCGCGCCUGUCGUGCCUGUCAGCAACAGGUUUGACGUCAUCGACGAUGGAGAGAAAGAAAACUCCCCUGGCUGCUACGAGGUCAAUAGGACGGACCUAACGGGCAGCCAGGGCGGGAUGAGCCCGAGCUCGCGAUUGCUGUUGCUCAAUGCAAUCGCGGGUCUCACCGGUAGGGACAGACGUAAAUACGAAAAGAAGCUCGAAAGAGCGUGGAAAGAACCACCGAUAUUGCCCAAGGGUGACAGAACAGCACCAAGUGCCCGUCUAAUCAAGGCGAAGUCAAAGAAGUCACCGAAACGCAACAAAGUCAAACCAGGGUCACCGGUAAAGAAGCGAAAGACCACCUCGCGUAAAACCGUCGCUGCGCGGCGACCGGAAGUGGCGGACGCGGCCGGGUCGGCCGCGCCUGAGCCGACCGCGCCUGCCAACACAAAGGCCGACCGGGCCACGUGCAGCGGCGGCCAGCAGGGCCAGGUAGCAGCGGAACAAAGCGCCUGCGCUGUGACGGCUAGCGCGCCCCCCGAGGCGGCCGGGCGGCUGCGCCCCGAGGUGAAUGCGCAAAAGCACGAAGGCGCGGAGGCGAGUGCGCGCGGGCGGCGGAAGGAAACCGAUACCGCCGGCGCGGGCUCGCCACCGCGGGGGAAUGCCGGAGCGGAGGAACCUCGGAGCGUUGCUGAGGUGUGCGCUGAGGGGAGCGAGCGAUGCGGAAGCAGCGCAGAAAUCGCCACGCAGGAAAUUGACGACGAGGGAUUCCAGCUGGCACUGUUCAUCCUUAUGAAUAAACUCGCCCAUGGGGGCCCCUACCCUGGUCGAGAGGCCGACGAGGCGGCUAUAUUCGCCCUCUGUAAAAUACAGACGGCAGCCGCUCUACCGCACACGAGGCAGCAGGUGUUGGGUGUGCCACCGAGAGCCCCGCCGGUUACAUCGCAUUUGCUUGCGGUCCCGGCGGCGGCGGCCUCGGCGGGAGUUGCGCCGCUGGUCUCGACCACUCAAGAGGUCGAUGUGCCCCCGGUUGCCCCCCUGGCCCCCGAAACACAAGAAGAGCCCGUGGCUGCGCUAGCCGUGGCCACCGAGAUGGAGGACGUCGAUCUGCCCGACGCAAAUCUGGCUGAGGCAAUUGCCGAGUCAGAGCGUCGUGACACUGACCCUGACGCUGCCCGCGCGCCCAGAAAGCGCCGGGCUAUGACAAAUGACGAUUCUGACACUCCCUCACAGACAUCUGACGCAGCGAGGCCGCGGAAGAAGGCCCCUAGGGCCUCCCGCACCUCCACCACAGAGUCUGGGACGACUAUCGCGGGCUCCUCCCGGAGCACCGCCAAGCAGAAACCGACGAAGACAACGCGGCGGUCCACUCGUCCACCUGCCGCCUCCCGGCAUCCGGACGAGGACGGUUUUGUUGCCCCACCCCGGCGGCACACUGCCAGGGCUGCUGCGCUGCAGCAACCGACCCCGCUGCCGACCGCCAACGCGUUUGCGAGCGCCAGCGUAGAUGCAUUGGACGAUGGCGCCGCGCCCCCGGCGCCUGCCCAAAAGAAGCCCUUUGCUGCCGCCACCAAGGGCGGCCCGUCAGCCUCCACCGCCCGACCUUCGGCGCAGGCGGAGGGCGAGACGCAGCAACCGACCGCGCCGUCCACGGCUUCGCCCGUGGGGGUGGCAACCCCUGCGCCCUCGCAGAGCGCGCGAGUUGCCGCCCCGCGCAGGCGUCGUCGGCGCGCGGGCCGGGCCACACCUGCCGUUGCGCAACGGACUGCCGCCAACACUCUGCCGCAGCAGAGGACGGCACCUCGUGCUGUGCCGCAACCGAGAUCGACUGCUGAUGCUCCACAGCAGCCGUCUACUUCGGAUCGGCCGCAACAGGCCGCCCCAGUGGUGGAGGCCGCCGCAGAGGCCCCCACCGCCCCCUUGGCCGCCGACGCAGCCGAGCUCCGAUCGCUCUUGCGGUCGUUGAGUCAGCUGCUCGAGCAACUCCCGGCGGACCACGAGAAUAUGACGACCCAGCGAGACCCGGACGAUGAGAUGGACUACUCUACGGACCCUCCCCGUGAAGACUGCGCUACCGGCGCCCCGCAGCGGGUGCUUCAGCGCAAGCGAUCGGCUGUCACGUCAGCCAGUGAUGACCAACACACUUCUGGUACGAGUGACGCUGGCUUCAAGAAGCCGCCGCCUAAGAAGAGGGCGGCUCCACGACGGCGCACCCCUGUUGCCCCUGUACCUACUGCUAAUCCGUACGACGCCCUAGCGGAUGGCGCCGACUCUGAAGAUGCCGACGAGCCUCCACCGGCGACCGCCGACGAUGCCACACGUCGUUCCGGCCCUAAGCUGCCACCGAUUGUCAUCGACUACCCUGACGAUUACAUGACGCUUCGGGACUGGCUCCAGGGCAACCUGAAGAAUGCUUUUACCGCCAAACACUGCGGCGAAGACCGUCUGAAGCUGACUGUCGCCACCACUGAAGAUUACGUUGCUGUUAUGGACAUGGUUGGUGCACGUGGUAUACCGAACUACACCUUCCCCACCGUGCGUCCCAAAGUUCUCAAGGUUGCCAUGAGAGGCAUACCGCUGAAGAUGAAGGCAGACGCCUUUAAGGACGGCCUUAUCACUAUGGGUUUCGCGCCUACUGCUACCACGCGAAUGAAGAUGCCUGCCAGCCGCCGCCAGCGUGGACUACCUCCCUUGCGGGAGACGUCCCGCUCCGAUGGUCGACAGCUGCGGCGCCGAGCUGCGCCACCGCCUGCUACUCCUUCGCGCCAACCCGCCCAGCGGCGCCUGCUUGCUGCUCGGGCAGACCUUGGCUACGCCGACGUCCUUCAGGGCCGGACGACGCCGCCUCCUGCCCCUGCUGUCCAGCCUCCGCGACGCCCUGACGACGGGCCUGCUCCUCCUGCUGCAGCUGAUGAUUUCAUCGCGGUCCUCAAAGAAGUUCAGGCCACCCUUGUGGCUGUCUCCGCCGCACUGGCCCAGCUGCCGGCCGCCAUCACUGCUGCAGUCCAUGCAGCCCUCCGAAGUUUCCCCACCGCCACGGCGUCCACAUCCACUGGCCAUGGCUCGCAACCUUAG